AUGAAAGCAGCCUCUGCCACUGUCAAGGAUCAGUCGGUCUUGUGGGCGCUCUCCGCUCUGGGUGAAGAUGUGCUGGGCUGGCAGGAUGAUGCUGGGGACCUUUGGGAUCUUGCUAGUGCUUGUCCAUGCAUCAGCAGCCUGUGAGUUUGGGUCCUUCCCUUACAGAACCACAGGGAUCGUCUGCAGGAUGACCAAGCCGGCAGCAUUGCUGUUGAACCAGGAAACAGCACAGGUCAUUCAAGCAGCCUUCAGAAAUGCCAAAUUCCCAAAUAUCACUGGGGAGAGGUCCAUGAGGCUCCUUGGCAAGGUGGCUUAUUCGCUGACCAACAUCCAGGUCAAUGACUUGUCCAUAGAGAAGAGUGAGGUGGAGCUGAAGGAGGACAAUUCCAUUCACCUUGCCAUUAAUAACGUGACAGCCUCCUUCAAAGGGACUCUGACCUAUGGCUAUGCUGGAGCCUGGUUUGUGAAUCUUUUUCAUUCAGUUGAUUUUGAAAUCGAGUCUUCCAUUGACCUCCUGCUAAACAUUAAACUGAUGUGCCAGAAGGACCAAAUGGCUGCCGAUGCCUCAGACUGCUACUUGACUUUCCACAAACUCACACUUCACCUCCAAGGAGACAAGAAUCCAGGCUGGCUGAAGCAGCUCUUCACGGAUUUCAUUUCCUUCACUUUGAAGCUUGUUCUCAAGAGGGAGGUGUGCAAGGAAAUCAACUUGGUUGCUCAGACGCUGGCAAAUUUUGUACUUGAUUUAGCAGCAAACUUUGUCCGGAGUAAGGAUAUCAUCAUCGAUAUCUCCCUUGCAUCUGAUACUUUAAUAACAGCAAAUUACCUAGAAUCCCAUCACAAGGGCCGUGUCCUGUACAAGAACUACUCCAGUGUCUUCAGUGACUCUGUUUUCUCCCCGUCACUGCUGACUGAGUCCCGAAUGCUCUACUUCUGGCUGUCUGAGCACACCUUCAGCAAUCUGGCUUUGGCAGCUUUCUUAGACCAACGCCUGGUAUUGAACAUCACAGGGGAGAAGUUGCAGGCGCUGUUCGAAACGGAAGACACGGAAGCGCGGCGGAAGGCAGUGCAGAUGAUUUUUCAGGGUACCUCCUAUAAUGACUCUGUGGCCAAGGUGUGGAGUCUCGCCCCUCCCCAGAUUUCUCUUCAGCCUGAAGGGACAGUUGUGACAUCCUUGGUAGCAGUGGAGGUCAGCAUCCUUCCUGCAGGACAAGAGGCUCUGGUGGUUCUGUACAUGGAGAAGGAAAUCACGGUCACUAUCCAAGCUGCCUAUGCGGAAAAGAAACUCAUUCUGCACCCUUUGGACUCCAGGAUAGAAUUUAAAGUCUUUAAAUGCACAGCUGAUCCAAAUGGGGAUGAUCCAUCCAUACAAAACUUCCUGCAGACUAUGAUCUUGGAUGUUGGGAUCCCAGAAGUGACUUCAAGGAUCGAAUCAGCUCUGACUUAUCAGAUGAACAAGAAAGGACUUCACCUCUUUGAUAUCAUAAAUCCUGAGAUCAUCACAAGAAAGGGAUAUGCAAUUGUACAACUUGACUUCAGCUUCCCCAAUCAUUUGCUUCUUGAUUUUCUUCAGAAAGGUUUAUAG